AUGGUCAAGUUCUUCACUCCCGGUGUGCUUUUGCUAGCCGCCUCUGCCGCUACAGCUGCCGCGUAUGCCUCUCACCUACACUUCCACCCGAAGCCGUCUCGACCGUUACCUUCCAAGUCCAGCACGAAAAAUCCGCACACGGCCCAUCAGCGCAACAUCGACGAGAUCAACCGUCUAGACGGCUACGAUGUCAUCAUCGUGUGUACGUCUACACCACACCAGGCACAAUACUGGCAAGAUCGCCUCAUGGCUACGCGCGAAUCAAUCUCACCCAAGGAUGCUAAGGUCAUCGCUGUGUGUGAGGACUGGGACGGCGGCGCCGGCAACGGCCUCGGCACGCUCUACGCCUACAAGAAGGCGGUGACGGUUGGCAAGGAGCUAUACGGCAUCGACAUCCCGGCGCUCCUCGCCGCUGGCAGCAUCAGCGUUGCACUUUACCACACUGCUGGUAAGGGUACACGUCUUGCACCGCUACCUGGCAGCGAGAACAAUAAUAAGUCAGGUGUGAAGCUGCCGGCCAUGGUGGAGGUCAAAGGCAAGUACGUACCCAUGACGAUCCUUGAAGCGGUGGUGAAGCAGACUGGAGUGUACGCUUCCAGUCGUCGUGGACGAUUGUCUGUUUUCUGGGGCGACCAGGUGUUCAUCCCGUCGGCUGAAGUCAAGUACCACGCUAAGCACCACAUUGACAUCCUUGCCGCGCUUGCUCCCAUGCCCUCGGAGACGGAGUGGAAAGAGAAGGGCCUGGAGAAAUAUGGUCUGAUCGUGGUGAACCAGCAGGAUAAUGCCGCACAGGUCGACAAGGUCACUCACGAGACUGCUGUUCGUUUGCUGUCUUCUUUCGGCGAGAUGAAAUCAGUGGGCACCAGUCUCGGAUCGUUUAGCGUUGAUGCUGACAUGCUUCGAGCGUUGUUGAGCGAGUUUUCGAAGGAGCUGGCUGCUAAGUCUGGCAAGCUCGACAGUGACCCACACUUCUGGAUGCCGCUGACGCUUGAUCUCGACGCGUACACGGAGGUGAUGACACAGAAAGGCGUCGAUAAGGUGGAGUCGACUGCACACUACCAGCGUAUGCAGACGAUGAUUGCUACCUUCAAGAAGACUCGGACGAAGGAACUUAAGCUUUUUGGCUGCAUUGACGUUGGCAGCGAUGUGUACUGGUGGGAUUAUGGUCAACUAAAACUUUAUCUGAAGAACAACCGUCUUGUGACCAAGCCUGGCGUCGAGUCGGACUGCUUGCGCUCUUUCCUAGGCAUCAGCAACAACAUGGAGCACAGCAAUGUCGGUGUGCAUGCGAUAAUUAACGAGGCAACGGUCUUGAACAGUGAGAUUGAGCUUGGUGACAUCAAGCAUAGCGUGCUUAGCGGUGUUUACGCGAAGGAGGUCAAUGCGGAUGGCUCGAUUCUGAUCAAUGUGACUGCGCGCUCGAUCACAGCGCUUAACUGCGUAGUGUACAAUGUCACCUCGGAUGAGGUCGAUGGUCUCUGCCUUGAGGAAGGCAGCGUCGUCGUCGGCGUGUUACUGCCCAAUGGCAAGAAGGUUGUGAUGCGCUCGAGCAUGAACGUGUGCGGUGGCCAGGCAUGGAAGACUGUGCUGCAGGAAAACCAACACUCGUUCAAGAAUAUCUAUGAGCUUAACGCGGACGCGAACGUGUCGAAGUUAGAGAAGUUGAUUCAGGACGAACAUAUGAAGAUGCGCGCGGUAGUGAUGUCGUAA